CUGUAGCUCAGUUUUUGCACGAUCGAGCCAUGCCAUCGAGCCGUGGAGCCGUGGGUCGCUUGAUGGUGCCGCGAGCUGUGUGGCUAGUGUGGCUACUAAUAGGCCUGGUGGUAGCAGUGGAGCCUCCGGACGGAUGUCCCAGCAACUUGUGGAGCUCUCCAUGCAGCAACCAGGCCACUUGUGAGAGCUUGGCCGUAGCUGGCUUGACCUGCUCAUCUGUGGCAGUGAUUGAAAGUUGCAAGGACCAGUGUGCUGAACCUUGUUGUAUCACAACAACCAGCACCACCAAAACCUCGACGAUGACCAGUGCGACGCACACAGAAACCACCUACACCAGCACCGAGACAGAAACACAUACCACAACAAGUGGAACUUCAACCCAAACAUAUACAAGCAUAACCACCACUGCCACUACGGUGACUGAGACUGUCACGGGAAGCACAGUUACACACACCCAGACUACACUUACUACCAGCAUGACUACAAUAACUGAGACAGAGCCCGUUGCCACCACCUCUGCUCAAGGUGCAGCAGCCAAAGUCACAGUUAGGAUGGCUGUGAAAGUAGAGAAAGUGGAGGAGAAUGCUAAGGGCUACGAGGGCUACAUGGAAGACCCGAGAGUAAAGCAGGCCUACCUAGAUUUGAUGACCGAGGUAACAGGCCUGGAUGCUGAGAUGAUAGAUGUGGAGAUGGCUCCCACCGCCCAGGAAGGUGAGAUUACGGUCACCUACCUCUUGACCAUUCCUUAUGAGGACAACGGAAAUGGCCUGGAACCAGUUGUUUCCAUCGACUCCCUCCAGAGCAAGCUGCAUCAACUCAACAUGGCUGGUCUCAAUGAGAUGUUGGAUCAGAAGAUGGACGCGGCUGGCGUCACCGACUUUAGCCAAGAGGUUCAAAGAGUUGAUGAUGACCAAACCACUGCAGUCGACCGAGCUCUUAGGCUUGGGAUGUUGACAUCAGUGGUCCUUGGGAUGAUUCUCCCGUUGCUCUUCUGAGUGCUUGAGGCAAGGGUCCAGAGAUCGGUUUGUAGCUUUCUCCUGGCGCCAUUUGUUCAGCAAAGUUUUCCUGGACUGAAGCUUUUGUUUGCUUGAACUUGCAAAGGACGCCUCAGUUCAUGAGCUUGAAGCUUUUUGAACUUGACCCAAAAUACCAAGCUUUUGAGUCUGGCGUCGUCAAAUGUCCAAUAACGGACCUUACAGUGGCAGCCUUUUGUCCUCAUGAAAGUGGGGCAGCUCUUCCUCUCACCUCAGGUGAUGACAGAGCACACGAGAAUACAAUAGACACAAUGCGACAAUGAAAUGAACACUGCGUUAAAAUCGUUAAAA